CUUUUCCUGUGGCCACUAGUGCUACAAUGCCUGUGGCUGCCUUGGACUAUCUACUGCUGAACUGACUCAUGGCCCAGGAUUGCUGAAACCAGCCUUAGAUGAUGCUGCCCAGAAAUAACAGUAGACUAGCACUGCAUUUCUCCACCUGACACCAUGACCAGGCAUUAUGGUCUCUCACCCGACUUCUUCAGUUCUUAUGUCCAGCUCCUUUGUGAAGUAGCUGAUAGUAUGAAUAAAGUCUGGAAUAAGAUUCAGAAGAGAGGCAGUCUUGGUCCAUCUUCAGUCUGUCCAGAGACCGUGGCAGGGCCUGUCCCUGGUUCUCCAGUUCGAAGCAGUGUAGGUACAGCUCCUCCAGAUGCCAGCACGUGCAGCCCAUCCGCUGAUAUUGGAACUGCUACUGAGGGAGAUUCUAUACAAGCAGGUGAUGAUUCACCAUUCUCAGAUUCUGUUACCUUGGAACAAACUACUAAUAACAUUGGUGGAUCCAGUGGACGUGUUAGUCUCUGGAUGCAGUGGGUGCUUCCUAAAAUUACUAUAAAACUUUUUGCUCCAGAUCCUGAAAACAAAGGCACAGAGGUUUGUAUGGUCAGUGAACUAGAAGAUCUCAGUGCUUCCAUAGAUGUGCAGGAUGUGUACAUGAAAGUGAAAUGUAAAAUAGAGAGUUUCAAUAUUGAUCACUAUAGAAGCAGCCUUGGGGAAGAGAGUUGGUCUUUGGGGCAAUGUGGAGGUGUCUUCCUUUCCUGUACUGACAAGCUGAACAGACGCACCUUGUUGGUUCGACCCGUCAGCAAGCAGGACCCUUUCAGUAAUUGCUCUGGCGUCUUUCCUUCUACAACUACGAAACUUCUAGAUGGCACUCAUCAACAGCACGGAUUUCUCUCUCUGACAUACACAAAAGCUGUAACAAAAAACGUCCGCCACAAGUUAACAUCAAGAAAUGAGAGAAGAAGUUUCCAUAAAUUGUCUGAAGGUUUAACAGAUGGUUCCCCUCAUUUUCUUCAUGAAAUUCUUCUUUCAGCACAAGCCUUUGAUAUUGUCCUUUGUUUUCCUUUACUUAAUGCCAUUGCUAGUAUAUUUCAAGCAAAACUGCCAAGGACCCAGAAAGAGAAAAGAAAAUCUCCUGGUCAGCCCAUGAGGACCCACACACUGACGUCACGCAAUUUACCUUUGAUUUAUAUAAACACAAGUGUGAUAAGAAUUUUUGUUCCAAAAACAGAAGAAAUACAGCCAUCUGUUGGAGUUAAUCAGGCAGCAAAGGAAGACACCAUGGUUUUGAAGAUUGGCUCUGUUGCCAUGGCUCCCCAGGCUGACAAUCCCCUUGGCAGAUCUGUCCUCAGGAAAGAUAUUUACCAGAGAGCCUUGAACUUAGGAAUUCUUCGAGAUCCAGGAUCAGAAAUUGAAGAUAGACAAUACCAAAUAGAACUGCAGUCAAUUAAUAUUGGUACUGCACAGUGGGAUCAACUAAAACCAGAGAAGAAAAGUGGCACAGGAGGGGUGCUAACAGAGAGUGAAAGGAAUUCUCAGAAUCCAGCCCUUGAGUGGAAUAUGGCCAGCAGCAUACGGCGGCAUCAAGAAAGGAGAGCAAUUUUGACCCCCAUUUUGACAGAUUUUUCUGUCCGAAUAACUGGAGCACCUGCCAUCAUUUUCACCAAAAUAAUCUCUCCAGAAAAUUUGCAUACUGAGGAGAUUUUAGUGUGUGGCCACUCCUUGGAAGUGAAUAUAACCACAAACCUGGACUUCUUCCUAAGUGUGGCUCAAGUUCAACUCUUACAUCAGUUAAUAGUAGCAAAUAUGACUGGACUGGAACCAUCAAACAAAGACACAGAGGUAACUAUUACCUGAUUUUUAUUGGACUUACUACAUUUGUGCCAAUGUUACAAUAGGAA